GGAAUAGCUACCAGGCCGUGUGCAAUCCUGUAAAUCAUCACAGCUUUGUAUCUCGUUCUUCUUUUUUUCCUCCAAAGAAAUCCUUUGGAGAUCAAAAGAGAGUUUUUAUAAGUUGUAUUGAUAUUACACUGUUGGUCUAUGAGAAGUUGUUCAGAAUUCAAAACAUCUAACCGCGGGUGUUGUAGAGCACUUUUGUAUGAAAUUAUUAGCAAUUAACAUUUGCUUGGGUAAACUUUUACACUCUCAAUUGUAAUAUACUUUUCAGGUCUUUUUGCAGUUUAGCUAUAUCGUUAUUUGAGAUCUUAUGGCAGAGGACACACUCAUAAGCGAAGACACAAGAACGACAGACUCAUUGCUAUUGAGGAGGGAUACCAGCGGCCUGAGCGCUUCCUUGAGACACUCCUGCUGCAUGAGCUUACCCCAUCUACUAACACUUGCUGGUUCUCGCCACUAAGGAAGUCCCCAAACCAUUGCGGAGUAGAGCGUCCGAGUCCAUGAAAGUGCGCCUUAAAGAGAAGUCUCUCGUUGGAAUGAUGUGGGAUUCCACAAUCCUAACAUGAAAACCCCCAACAUAGACAGACUGGCGAGGGAGGGGCUUAUUCUGAACCAGACCUAUCUACAGCCUCUGUGUAGUCCAUCUCGCCAUGCCAUAAUGACAGGUUACUACCCUUAUCAUGCAGGUUUACAGCAUCUUGUGAUUCUACCCUGGCAGCCCGUCUGUUCACCUCUGAAAAUGAAGUUUUUACCUCGAAGACUGAAAGAACUUGGUUACGCUACACACAUGGUUGGAAAGUGGCACUUGGGUUUCUGCAGUUGGAACUGCACGCCGACUUACCGAGGGUUCGAUUCCUUCUUUGGUUAUUAUAACGCGCAGGAGGAUCAUUAUACACACGAGUGGUAUAAUUAUCUGGAUUAUAGGGACAACGAGAAACCGGUCAGGAAUCUCAACGGAACGUACUCAGCGUUUACGUUUGCAUCAAGAGCUCAGGACAUCAUAAAGAACCAUAACUCCAGCCAGCCUCUGUUCUUGUACAUGGCAUUCCAAAAUGUCCACGAUCCAAUUCAGGUUCCAAAGAAAUAUGAAGAUAUGUAUCCUAGUGUUAAGUCACAAGGAAGACGGCAGUUUUCAGGAAUGGUGUCUGCCUUGGAUGAAGCUGUGGGGAACAUAACAAACCAACUCCGGGAGUCGGGGCUGUAUGAGGACACCCUCAUUGUCUUCACCGCCGACAAUGGUGGCUGGCCCCAGUAUUUCGGAAAUAACUAUCCUUUGAGGGGAGGGAAAUUCACGGUGUACGAAGGUGGAACUCGGGUUGUCUCUUUCGUUCAUGGUGCAGGGCUAAAGAAAACAGGAGAGUCAUUCGAAAGUUUGCUGCACGCAGUUGAUUGGUCCAGUACCCUGGUUGAGGCCGCCGGUGGUAAACCAGCAUUAAACGGAGAUGGGGUGAGCCAGUGGCCAGCUAUUAUAAACAAUACCCCGGGUCCGCGGACUGAACUCAUUUACAACUUUGAUUCUGACGUCGCCCCAGAAGAGGGUCAUGCCGCAAUAAGAAUGGGGGACUAUAAGUUAAUUGAUGGAUACCCAGGAUUAUAUCCGGACUGGUAUAAACCGGACCAGGUGUAUGAUUUCAAACCGGAACCGUCUGUAGAAGAGAUGCAGGCGCAUGCGGGAAGAUACCAGCUUUUUAAUUUGAAAGAUGACCCAACAGAACACAACGAUUUGUCCAAGUCAAAGCCAGAAAUAGUGAAACAACUGAGCGAGCGACUACAAUUACUGACCAAGAAUGCUGUUCCUCCGAACUACCCCCUUAUCCCCGACCCCAAAAGUAAUCCGUCCAAGUUUGAUAACGUGUGGUCCCCCGGUUGGUGCUGAAGAUCAGACAAAAGAGAGAGUUAUCUCUCUUAGAUUGUGAUGAUGUAAAUUGAAAAGACUAGACAAGCCUAGCCUGGAAACUGAAUUCGGAUUUUCUUAUCAAUUAACUGUUUUGUUAUAGAGUAAAAAUGCAGGAUACCGUGCGUGUACAAUGCCUUUAAAUCAUAAGAAAGGAUAUUAAAAGAGCAAGUGACAGACAAAUUGGUAGGGAUUUUGAGGCAAGAAAAAUCUGAAGCACAUUUAUGAAAUGAUGACACACUUUAUAAAGAAUGUUAAUUUAUUAAUAGAACAUUUUCUUAUCAAUAUUUAUGCGCUUAUUAAAUAAAUCUUAUGCAAACGCCUUCAUCAGAUAGGUAUAUUAGCACGUCUAAUUUC